UGCAAUUUACUUUUGUCUUCCUCAAAUCCAUUCCAUCGUAUUCCCGAAAGAAUCAAUCAAUCGAAGGCAAUGGCCGAUUCAUCGCCGGCGGUUCUCCCGAUUUCUACAUCGCAGCCCGCCGUCGUCUCUGACACGGCAGUCGGACCCACCCCUGCAUUCCGCGCCUUCUUGAACAACAUCGCUGAAACCGUCCGUAGGGGGCUCUCCACCCGCCGCCCGUGGGCGGAGCUCGUCGAUCGCUCCGCCGUUUCAAAGCCGGAGUCCUUCUCGGAUGCGACGCUCCGGGUACGCAAGAACUACGCGUAUUUCAGGACCAAUUACCUCGCUCUCGUCGCCGUCGUCCUCGGCGUCUCUCUCAUCACCAACCCGAUCUCCCUCAUCUUCCUAGCCGCCCUGCUGGCGGCGUGGCUCUUCCUGUACCUCUUCCGCGCCUCCGAUCAGCCCCUCGUCCUCUUCGGCCGCCAAUUCACCGACAGGGAAACCCUCGGCUGCCUGAUUGUGUCCACCGUCGUCGUGAUUUUCCUCACCAGCGUCGGGUCGGUUCUUGUAUCCGCCCUGAUGGUGGGGGUCCCCAUCGUCUGCAUCCACGCCGCAUUCCGGGAACCGGAAGAUCUGUUUCUCGACGAGCAAGAGACCCCCGCCACCGGGUUCCUCUCCUUCUUGAACGCCGGCCCUGCUCCCGGCGUUGCCCCUCGGACAUGAGCGGCGGGUCUGGGAUCCCGAAAUUGCAGCGGCGCUGGUAGCAAUUUUUCCGCUGUUCAUAUCAAAUUGUGGGAAAUUUACACUUUUACUUGGAGGGGAAUUACUCAUUUACUCGGUAGAGUAAACAAUUUAAUUCAUUGCUUUUAGAACAACAAAUGGAUUAUGCCGUU